UGCUUCGGGUGACAACGGUCAAUAAUGAAGGUGGCUGCGGCGCGGCGGCAGGCUCAGCUGCGCCGGGCGGGGGCGGCGCCGGGGCCGCGCCUGUAGGACUCGGGGCCGACGCCGCGGGAUGGGGACGCGGCGCGGGGAGUGAGGCAGUGGCGGCGGCGGCGGUAAGCGGAACUUCGGCCCGAGGGGCUCGCCCGCUCCCGCCUGUCUUGUCGGCCUCCACCUGCAGCCCCGCGGCCCCCGCGCCCCGCGGGACCCGGACGGCGACGACGGGGGAAUGUGGCGCUGGAUCCGGCAGCAGCUGGGUUUUGACCCACCACAUCAGAGUGACACAAGAACCAUCUACGUAGCCAACAGGUUUCCUCAGAAUGGCCUUUACACACCUCAGAAAUUUAUAGAUAACAGGAUCAUUUCAUCUAAGUACACUGUGUGGAAUUUCGUUCCAAAAAAUUUAUUUGAACAGUUCAGAAGAGUGGCAAACUUUUAUUUUCUUAUUAUAUUUUUGGUUCAGCUUAUGAUUGAUACACCUACCAGUCCAAUUACCAGUGGACUUCCAUUAUUCUUUGUGAUAACAGUAACUGCCAUAAAGCAGGGAUAUGAAGAUUGGUUACGGCAUAACUCAGAUAAUGAAGUAAAUGGAGCUCCUGUUUAUGUUGUUCGAAGUGGUGGCCUUGUAAAAACUAGAUCAAAAAACAUUCGGGUGGGUGAUAUUGUUCGAAUAGCCAAAGAUGAAAUUUUUCCUGCAGACUUGGUGCUUCUGUCCUCAGAUCGACUGGAUGGUUCGUGUCACGUUACAACUGCUAGUUUGGAUGGAGAAACUAACCUGAAGACACAUGUGGCAGUUCCAGAAACAGCAUUAUUACAAACAGUUGCCAAUUUGGACACUCUAGUAGCUGUAAUAGAAUGCCAGCAACCAGAAGCAGACUUAUACAGAUUCAUGGGACGAAUGAUCAUAACCCAACAAACGGAAGAAAUUGUAAGACCUCUGGGGCCAGAGAGUCUCCUGCUUCGUGGAGCCAGAUUAAAAAACACAAAAGAAAUUUUUGGUGUUGCAGUAUACACUGGAAUGGAAACUAAGAUGGCAUUAAAUUACAAAAGCAAAUCACAGAAACGAUCUGCAGUAGAAAAGUCAAUGAAUACAUUUUUGAUAAUUUAUCUAGUAAUUCUUAUAUCUGAAGCUGUCAUCAGCACUAUCUUGAAGUAUACAUGGCAAGCUGAAGAAAAAUGGGAUGAACCUUGGUAUAACCAAAAAACAGAACAUCAAAGAAAUAGCAGUAAGAUUCUGAGAUUUAUUUCAGACUUCCUUGCUUUUUUGGUUCUCUACAAUUUCAUCAUUCCAAUUUCAUUAUAUGUGACAGUCGAAAUGCAGAAAUUUCUUGGAUCAUUUUUUAUUGGCUGGGAUCUUGAUCUGUAUCAUGAAGAAUCAGAUCAGAAAGCUCAAGUCAAUACUUCCGAUCUGAAUGAAGAGCUUGGACAGGUAGAGUACGUGUUUACAGAUAAAACUGGUACACUGACAGAAAAUGAGAUGCAGUUUCGGGAAUGUUCAAUUAAUGGCAUGAAAUACCAAGAAAUCAAUGGUAGACUUGUACCCGAAGGACCAACACCAGACUCUUCAGAAGGAAACUUAUCUUAUCUUAGUAGUUUAUCCCAUCUUAACAACUUAUCCCAUCUUACAACCAGUUCCUCUUUCAGAACCAGUCCUGAAAAUGAAACUGAACUAAUUAAAGAACAUGAUCUCUUCUUUAAAGCAGUCAGUCUCUGUCACACUGUACAGAUUAGCAGUGUCCAAACUGACUGCACUGGUGAUGGUCCCUGGCAGUCCAACCUGGCACCCUCGCAGUUGGAGUACUAUGCAUCUUCACCAGAUGAAAAGGCUCUAGUAGAAGCUGCUGCAAGGAUUGGUAUUGUGUUUAUUGGCAAUUCUGAAGAAACUAUGGAAGUUAAAACUCUUGGAAAACUGGAACGGUACAAACUGCUUCAUAUUCUGGAAUUUGAUUCAGAUCGUAGGAGAAUGAGUGUAAUUGUUCAGGCACCUUCAGGUGAGAAGUUAUUAUUUGCUAAAGGAGCUGAGUCAUCAAUUCUCCCUAAAUGUAUAGGUGGAGAAAUAGAAAAAACCAGGAUUCAUGUAGAUGAAUUUGCUUUGAAAGGGCUAAGAACUCUGUGUAUAGCAUAUAGAAAAUUUACAUCAAAAGAGUAUGAGGAAAUAGAUAAACGCAUAUUUGAAGCCAGGACUGCCUUGCAGCAGCGGGAAGAGAAAUUGGCGGAUGUUUUCCAGUUCAUAGAGAAAGACCUGAUAUUACUUGGAGCCACAGCAGUAGAAGACAGACUACAAGAUAAAGUUCGAGAAACUAUUGAAGCAUUGAGAAUGGCUGGUAUCAAAGUAUGGGUACUUACUGGGGAUAAACAUGAAACAGCUGUUAGUGUGAGUUUAUCAUGUGGCCAUUUUCAUAGAACCAUGAACAUCCUUGAACUUAUAAACCAGAAAUCAGACAGCGAAUGUGCUGAACAAUUGAGGCAGCUUGCCAGAAGAAUUACAGAGGAUCAUGUGAUUCAGCAUGGGCUGGUAGUGGAUGGGACCAGCCUAUCUCUUGCACUCAGGGAGCAUGAAAAACUAUUUAUGGAAGUUUGCAGAAAUUGUUCAGCUGUAUUAUGCUGUCGUAUGGCUCCACUGCAGAAAGCAAAAGUAAUAAGACUAAUAAAAAUAUCACCUGAGAAACCGAUAACAUUGGCUGUUGGUGAUGGUGCUAAUGACGUAAGCAUGAUACAAGAAGCCCAUGUUGGCAUAGGAAUCAUGGGUAAAGAAGGAAGACAGGCUGCAAGAAACAGUGACUAUGCAAUAGCCAGAUUUAAGUUCCUCUCCAAAUUGCUUUUUGUUCAUGGUCAUUUUUAUUAUAUUAGAAUAGCUACCCUUGUACAGUAUUUUUUUUAUAAGAAUGUGUGCUUUAUCACACCCCAGUUUUUAUAUCAGUUCUACUGUUUGUUUUCUCAGCAAACAUUGUAUGACAGCGUGUACCUGACUUUAUACAAUAUUUGUUUUACUUCCCUACCUAUUCUGAUAUAUAGUCUUUUGGAACAGCAUGUAGACCCUCAUGUGUUACAAAAUAAGCCCACCCUUUAUCGAGACAUUAGUAAAAACCGCCUCUUAAGUAUUAAAACAUUUCUUUAUUGGACCAUCCUGGGUUUCAGUCACGCCUUUAUUUUCUUUUUUGGAUCCUAUUUACUAAUAGGGAAAGAUACAUCUCUGCUUGGAAAUGGCCAGAUGUUUGGAAACUGGACAUUUGGCACUUUGGUCUUCACAGUCAUGGUUAUUACAGUCACAGUAAAGAUGGCUCUGGAAACUCAUUUUUGGACUUGGAUCAACCAUCUUGUUACCUGGGGAUCUAUUAUAUUUUAUUUUGUGUUUUCCUUGUUUUAUGGAGGGAUUCUCUGGCCAUUUUUGGGCUCCCAGAAUAUGUAUUUUGUGUUUAUUCAGCUCCUGUCAAGUGGUUCUGCUUGGUUUGCCAUAAUCCUCAUGGUUGUUACAUGUCUAUUUCUUGAUAUCAUAAAGAAGGUCUUUGACCGACACCUCCACCCUACAAGUACUGAAAAGGCACAGAUGUACUCCAACACAGUUGCUUUAAGUGACGAGUUCAUCGCACUGCAGCCAUUGUCGAGGGCAAGGAAUCAGCUGAGCAAACUUAGCUUACUGAAACAAAUGCAGGUAUCAAGUGCUUGGACUCCAUGUGCUGUUUCCCGGAAGGAGAAGCAGCGUGUGCAUCUGUUGGAAGAAUGCUGGAACGAGUUAUAGGAAGAUGUAGUCCGACCCACAUCAGCAGGUGUGAAAUCUCUCUAAGUAGCCUUUGCUGCAGAUGAGUAUCCUAUCUGGAACAGGAUGAACCUGCCGCUCUAGAUACCUAAUAAAUCAGCAGCUGGUUUUACCAACUGAAGCAGGAAGUCUGCUAUUUAUUAGCACUCUUUGGUGGUAGAUUUCACUUUGUGGCUUUGGGGUAAGGGCUUUUUCACUCACAAAGGAAGAGAAAGCACCUUUGAAGAGACUUCAUCUAAUGAACAAAAAAUUUUGUUUCAUAAUCUUUCUAAAAUGUGCUCAGGAGGAGUGUGUUUAUGGUACUCUUUUAUGGUUUGUAUAACUUUCUUUUUUAAAUUAUACUAUUUCCUUUUUAAUUUUUUUUAAUUUUUUUGCUUUUUGUCUUUACAAAAUAAUCUCAACAUAACAGUGAAGUCAAAGGCUUUCCUUUUCUUACUCUGUAUGUAUAUUUUCCAGUUGGUUAUUUGAGGCUUUGAGGUAUUUAUAAACACAAAAGGCUGUAUUUCUGCUCCCCUACCUCUUCUUAUGUCUGUAAUGAAGUUUUGAAAUGAGUCAUGAUUUUUAAGUUUCUUUUGCUUGGUAUUUAUUGUCUAAUUAAAAGUGUAUGAGUUAGAACAGGCUUUUUAAAUUAUGGAGUAAAAGAAUCUUAGCAUUUUUGUCCCCUCCUAAAUCUGUUUCUUGAAUGAGAUUUAUCACCACGCCUGCUGUUGUGCACCAUAACAAAAAAAAACCACCUUUUGGUAAACACCAUUUAAAAUUCAUUUAAACUUGCAAUGGAUUUAUUUAUUCAUACAUUCCCCAAGAGUUAUAUCACUAUUUAGAGGAUGUUAGGGGGUAGAAAGAGCUUUUUCCACACUUGGUGUUCUUUAGGUGAAUGAUACCAUAUUCUCAAAAUCAGGGCAGCAGUACACGGUAUGCAUGGAGGUACAAAUGGGCAGGGAGAGAUGUUGGUUCCCAUUGUCCCAAAUGUGCUACAUGAAUAUUAGCACUUUCUACAUGUGCCAGGGCUUGGAAAAGGUUGGAAAUUACCCCAGGAACAGGUUAUAAAGAGUGAAGAAGGCACUACUCCUAUCUACUGGAAAAAGGAUUUUUAUUAUUUGGUUAGCUUUGUGUUUUAAAAAAAUGAUGAGUAUGAUAUCAUUCAUCUGUUAUAAUAUUCAGGUAACUUUUACUGGUGAACUUGUUAGUUCUCACUUUAGCUUUAGCUUAGCCAUGCCUUUAUGAUACAACUGAAUUUAUAAAUAGCAUUCUUAUGUUAACAUAAUGUCUGUGGUUUCAAUCCCCGUUUAUUCUGACUUGAUUAUAACAUGUGUUCUGAAAUAUUUCCAUAAUGCUGUGAUACCAUUUUGUAGUAAUUUCAUUCCACGUAGAAGGAUGAGCACUUAAACUCUGGGACUUUGUUAUGAUUUACAUAAUUGUAUUAUAAAAUGUGGCUCUGUCAUGUACCUAGGCCAGCAAAUUUCCCAAAGUUCCAAAAGAGCUUGAUUUAUAAUAUUAUUUUACCUAAUAACAUAGCUUCAUUGCACAGAAUCAAGAUAGGAGUUAGACUAAGAUACAAUAGAACCUCUACAGAAUUUUUUCAACUUCUCCUUCAAUGGAAAUUUCUCUUUAAUGACAAUAUACGUUUUUGUUAAUGAUUUUUUUAAAACUAGAAUUAAUUUUAAAUGAGCCCCAGAUUUUUUCUGCUAUAUACAUAUAUCCAUUUUCUUGAUAUCGAUUAUGGUAAUAUGCCCCCAUUAUUCUUUACAUAGCCAUUUUGAUGCAGCAUUACCUCUUUUGAACCUGCCCCAGGAGUUAUUGAAUUUACUUUGACAUGUUCUCUUGAAGGUAGCUGUUAUCAUGUAUACUUCUUUUCACUUAAAAUUGUGCCAUAUUGUUUUUUUCUGAAUUUUUUUAUUCUAAUAAAAUGUUUAACUUAGUAAUUAAUAUCAUAUUAGACUAUAAAUGCCCUUCCAGUUUUCUCCAACAUCACAGGUUAUAUUAUUUGUUACUAUUAUUUUCUUACCCUUUUUCUCAUGUGAAUAAUCUAGAAGGUCUUUUCAGACCUGUUCAUUCUUUUCUAGGGGAUAAAGUCAUAUAAUAACACCAAGCUACCUGGUGCUUUUCAACGGCUAUGUGAAAAUUGCCAUAGAUGCAUCAAUAUUGUAUUUAAACUUUCAAAGUCAUUUUGAUACAUAGAGUUCUGUUUUUGUUUACAUAUAAUUGUAUUUGUGAAAUGUGUUGGGCAUUUCCAUUGUGACUUUAGAGCAGCAUCUAUUCUAUAUUUCUAUUUCAUGUCUAAUUUAAGAGGUAGGGCAAGUCUGAGACUGCCAUUCCAAGAUGUAGAAGCCCUUAGCUGUGUGUUCCAUUGACAUAGUAAAGUCAAGAGUAAUGGGCAUCACUUGAGAAAUGCCACCAGUGUUUUUAUAUGACAGAUUUCUUUGGUGAUUACAUUUGUACCAUCCAGGCACAAAAAUUCGACUUACAUUUUAUUAAUUGAUGUUGUCAAUGAAGUAUCCCAUAUUGCAAGCUCAGUUUCAAAGAGAGCAUCAUGGUGCUGUAUAAAGGAUAUGCCAUGUUGCACCCUAAAGAGCUGGAUUUCAGCAAUAAAAGAUUUUCUGUUCGUGUAUUACUAACAGUUAAGCUACUGUAUCCUCAUCAAAACUAUCUUCUAAAUAGAAAGUAAUAUGUAGUUCAAGUGUUUAAUGUUCUGUCAAAAAUUAUAUUUAACAUAUGAAUGCACAUGUGUGCUUUGAAAAAAAAUUUAGAAUGAAGGAGACUUUUACCUAAUAAGAUUAUUCUGUGUAAGCAAUGUGGAAAGAAGAAAAACUAAUAUAAAGUAUUGGCAGUUUGGAAUUGGACAUCUGACUCCGGAUAAUUGGAGUAUUGAUAGCUGUUAUAGUUAAAAGUUAUAGUUAAAAGUAUACUUGUCCCCUGUAAAUACUUACUCUUUAAGAAAUUUUCAUCUUCUCAAUUUUAUUCAUUUAUUCUGCAAAUACUGGGUGUCCAAUAUAUGUCAGACACAGUUCUAGAUGCUAGGGAGACAGUAGUGAACAAGUCCUUCCCUAACCUAAGGUAGAUACUGUUCCAGCUUUUCUAGAAACUAGUCGAAUUAAAGUUGAGCUACAUACAAACUUAGCAUCUCUGGGAAAGAGAAAAUAUUUGACAAAGGUGAAUUGGAGCCUUUUUUAAUGCUCAUCUCUUCCUGUAACAUCUCUGUUUAGGGAAGGUGGGAACCCUGGAAAAAGUUACAUAAAAUGUAUUUAUUGUUAAAUGUGUUUAGUCUCAUAAGAAAAGCAGUCUUUCACUUGGUAAUCCUAAUACUGUCCUUGAACUAGGUUAGUCUAUUUUAAGCAUGGCAGGCUACUUUUGGUCUUGAGUUAUUUUAGCUUAAAUUAACUCAAGCUAAUUUAAGUUUACAGCUGCACAUAAAGUAUUAUGUAAUGACUUGCUUUAGGGCCUUAUCAUUCAAACACCAGUUAACUUUUCCAGACCAGCAGAGGAUCGUUUGUUCUUAUUAAGUGAAAACGCUAGUGACCUACAGGUGUCUUUGAUGCCUUUUGAAUACAUCAUUCACUACAUUCAAGCUAAUUAUGCUGAAGUCUUUAGAAUAGGAUUUAUAGCUGAAAUGAAAUGACCAAUAAUAGGAACAUACUACUGUUUCAUUCCAAAGCCUUUGGUAAGUGGGAUUUGGGUUUGUUUUUGUAAACUGAACUUUUCAGUAAAACAAUGUGCAUAACUCUUAAUAACAUACUUCUUAUUGAAUUGUUAACACUUUAAAAGCAGCUCAUGCUUUACUACAUAUAGAAACUUUUAAUGCUAAUGAAUGUUUGAAUUUUGUCUAAUAUUUUUAUAUGAUGACUAGAGUAUUAUUUUUCCCAAGUUUUUAUAUAAUAUAAAUAGAAAGUUUGGGCAUUCGAUACUAGUAUGAAGAACCUCUCUUUAGUAUUUAAAUGAAUCAAUCAGUGAUUGCAUUUGGGUCCUAAGUUUUAGAGUAAAUUUUUUUUCUCAAUUAAAACAUAGGUCCUGGUGAGCCAAACUUUUCUCUUAUUGUUACUUUAGAUCAUGGAGUGCAUCGGAUCCUUUCUAUACCAACGACAGGAGCAUCUUGACUCUCUCCACAAUGGACUCAUCUACUUGUUAAAGGGGCAGUAGUACUUUGUGGGAGCCAGUUCACCUCCUUUCCUAAAAUUCAGUGUGAUCACCCUGUUAAUGGCCACACUAGCUCUGAAAUUAAUUUCCGAAAUCUUUGUAGUAGUUCAUACCCACUCAGAGUUAUAAUGGCAAACAAACAGAAAGCAUUAGUACAAGCCCCUCCCAACACCCUUAAUUUGAAUCUGAACAUGUUAAAAUUUGAGAAUAAAGAGACAUUUUUCAUCUCUUUGUCUGGUUUGUCCCUUGUGCUUAUGGGACUCCUAAUGGCAUUUCAGUCUGUUGCUGAGGCCAUUAUAUUUUAAUAUAAAUGUAGAAAAAAGAGAUAAAUCUUAGUAAAGAGUAUUUUUUAGUAUUAGCUUGAUUAUUGACUCUUCUAUUUAAAUCUGCUUCUGUAAAUUAUGCUGAAAGUUUGCCUUGAGAACUCUAUUUUUUUAUUAGAGUUAUAUUUAAAGCUUUUCAUGGGAAAAGUUAAUGUGAAUACUGAGGAAUUUUGGUCCCUCAGUGACCUGUGUUGUUAAUUCAUUAAUGCAUUCUGAGUUCACAGAGCAAAUUAGGAGAAUCAUUUCCAACCAUUAUUUACUGCAGUAUGGGGAGUAAAUUUAUACCAGUUCCUCUAACUGUACUGUAACACAGCCUGUAAAGUUAGCCAUAUAAAUGCAAGGGUAUAUCAUAUAUACAAAUCAGGAAUCAGGUCCGUUCACCGAACUUCAAAUUGAUGUUUACUAAUAUUUUUGUGACAGAGUAUGAAGACCCUAUAGUGGGUAGAUUAGAUACUAUUAGCAUAUAUUAAUUUAAUGUCUUUAUCAUUGGAUCUUUUGCAUGCUUUAAUCUGGUUAACAUAUUUAAAUUUGCUUUUUUUCUCUUUACCUGAAGGCUCUGUGUAUAGUAUUUCAUGACAUCGUUGUACAGUUUAACUAUAUCAAUAAAAAGUUUGGACAGUA